AUGAGUUUUUUUCUUCGAAUUGUUCAAUCAUUUCCAUAUGCGGAAAAUUUAUAUGUGAUUAAUCGUAAAUUACAAAAUCGUAAACAAUCUAAUGAAUUAAUCAAUGAUAAUCAAAAUUUAUAUGCUAUUGAAUAUUUUUUUCUUAGUGAACUUCGUAUUGUCAAUGUUCAUGAUGAUUAUAUAGAAGAAUUUCUAUUUGAUACUAAAGCAUGUUUCCCAAAUAAUGUUAUUGUUCUUUAUAUUAAAUAUGAGUCUUUAAAACGAGUGACACAAUAUCACAAGAGAUGCUACACGAAUUGUGCCAAAAUUGAUAAAUUAUAUUUAUAUGAUGAACCAAAACGUUCAAAUUCUUUACAAGAAUAUUUUUCAAAUGCAGAAAUAUGUUUUUUUCAAAUAUUUGGAAGAUGA